UUGCCUGAAGUAACAGAUAAGGUUGAAAGAAGAAGUGAAAUAAAAUGAGGGCCUAAGGGCAGUGGGUAUCAACAAGUAAGCAGUGAAGGUCAGGUCUUGGGGUCCAGCUGGUGACAUUAACUCCCUCCUGCAUCUUAGGUACCAUUACGAAUGCUGCCUAUGGCUACUUGGUAACUGUCGUAUUUGUUGCAGGGACUGCUGACCUUCAGGGAAGUAGCCAUAGAAUUCUCUCAGGAGGAAUGGGGAUGCCUGAACCAGAGUCAGCGAGAACUGUACAGCGAUGUGAUGUUAGAGACCUAUGGACACCUCCUCUUCUUGGGCCUCAUUGUGUCGAAACCACACCUGGUCAUUUUUUUGGAACAAAAGAGGGAGCUCUGGGAUGUGAAGAGAAAGAAGACAGUAGCCUCACCAGCAGCUGUAGCUUCACAUGGCACCCAGAAUUUCCUGCCAAAGCCAUGCAUAGAAGCCUCUUCACAAAAUGUGUCACUGGGUACAUGGAAACAUCAUGCCCUUGAGAAUUUACACUUAAUGAUAAACUGGGACAGUGGUAGAAAGAAUGAAGCACAUCAGAAGUUUCAUGAAGGACGUGGUCCAAAUGAGACGUCUGCCCAUAUGUGCAUCUGUAAGCAGAAGUUCCAAUCAAACAUGCAAACAUACAUAUUUGUGCAAAGAAAAUUUGGAACAUUUGGAAAGUUACCUCAAGCACACUGA